CCGUGGGUGUGCAAGACACAAGUGGUUUGAAGAUAAAGUUGUUCCAGCAGUCUAGUUUGCUGCGGGACUACUAGCUAAGGGGACUAAGAAUCUUAGUAUAGUGUAGCUUGAAACUCUGAAGCUCAGGCCAUAUAGAGGCCACUCCAUUCUUUCGUUCCCCGCCAAAGAAUUCACUGGUCCAUGCCCGUUUUUGGCUGUCCAUCCUGUUGUCGCAUUGGGUCGCAUAUUGCCCCCACUUGUUUGGCAGGAUGUUUGGCUGCUGCCCGUAUCCAUCCUGCUUGAAUUUUCGCAUUUCCGGUCUUACGAAGAGCUGACUCGGAUGAAUGCUUUGAAGCGGUGGACGCCUUCAUGCACGGUGGUGAUGAUCUCCCACCAGUGGGCGGGUGCUGCGCAUCCAGAUCCCAAACUGCGACAAUUCCAGGUCUUACAGCAGCUGUUUCGCUACCUCUCGGCCGGGCGCGUGACGAUCGGCCAGGUGGAGUCGAUGGAACCUGUGAACUUCCACCGAUGCAUGGAGUGGUACGUGUGGUAUGACUACUGCUGCUUGCCUCAGAUGAGUGGUGCUCGACCAGCAGCCAAGCAGCUUCGACAAAUCUUCCACAUCGUAGACUACUUUUUGGUCUUGGCGCCUAUGCAGAUGCAUGCGAAUGGUUCCAUCAUGAAUUUGCGCAGCCAUAGCACUCGUGGGUGGUGCCUGCUGGAAAUGAUGGCUGCAAACCUCUUAGACAAACCCAUCCUUGCAGCGACAGGUCCCAAGAGUAUCUUCCAAUCUGUGACCAAGGCUAGGAUGCACAAGUUGCCACACAAGGGGCAGUUUUCUGUCACUUCGGAUCAGGAGUUUGUGAAAGAACUUUCAAGUGAUCUUUUGCACUGGAAGUGCAGGGAGCUUCAUGAGAAGGACCAGGAGAUGUGGCGCUUCUACAAUGCUUUCGCCCAAAGGCUGCAAGUGCACAUAUCGCCCAGCAGGAGCUUGGAGAGCUUCUGGAAGCGUUAUCAACUGGGCGCGUCGGUCACCACUGCGAAUCUGUACGGCUUGAGCCCCUUAAUGCUUGCGUGUGUGGAAGGAAACCUGUCGGAGGUUCAGCUCCUCCUGGAAGCCAAGGCCGAGGUCAAUGAGUCCCGGCACACGGUCAUGGGGUCUGAGACCACCGCCUUGUGCGUGGCCACGAUGUCCUCUCCACCGGUGGUGCGGUCCCUGUUGGACGCCAAGGCGGACACACAGGUGGGUCAUCCGAUGAGCUGGGCGGUGCAGUAUUUGAACCUCGAGAUUUUGUCGCUGCUACCGGAAGAGCUUCACCGGGAGAAGAGCGGUAGCGGUGAUUCUCCGAUCAAUUUGGCCGUCCAGGCACAGUGCACUAGCACUGUGGAUGUCUUGCUGCAGAUGGGUGCUGACCCGACCGCCUUGGCCACCACCAGCCGGUGUUCGGUGCAAUUCUCGAGGCCUCGCAGAAAGCGCAAAUCGCAGGUCAGCUCCAACGUGAGCAACGCGGAGUCCUGCCAGACUCGACGGUCCUUGAACGAAAAGCGCCGCAGCAUGUGGCACGAUGAGAAGAUCGCAAGGUCACUGGAAGCAGCAUCGGAGGCCUCCAACAUGCCACAGGCGCGCUGGUGGCGGCGCGCCAACCGCACCUCGCGAUCCACCACGGGAUCGACGGAGGAAGACAGCACUUCAUUGAGAUCUUGGGCUGACAGAAAUGGCACUGGCGGUGUACGUUUCGACUUGAACCUCAAGAAGGCGGAGGAGGAUAGCAUCGCCACCUCCCCGACGAACUCCGCGUGGUCCUUCUACUCGGAUGCGAAGGGCGAGUUUGAGAUUAUUCAGGUGACCCUCGCAAGCCCUUUGGAGAUUGCAUGCUACGCGGGGAAUUUGGAGAUGGUGCAAUUGCUCUUCCAUGCUGGGGCGGAUCCGGAGGAUGGCAGCGAUGGCUACAGUGCUGUGGACGUGGCGGAGGCCUGUGGGCACCAUCACAUCAUGCGUUUCCUCUCCAUGGCAAUGCCUUUGAGUUACGUGACCCUUUGAACCGGUGAACCGUUUGGUGCCCAAGGGGCGUGGCUGGGCAUCCACUGGGUGCCAGUGGUGGACAUGCUGGGGUGUGGCCGUUUCUGUUUCGACAUGGA